GCGCGGCGGUGGAGCAGCUACAAGGGAAGCGGACUCUCUCCGAUGAUCGGAGCUUUUUCCCCGGCUGCUGGCGCUUUGGGUUCGGCCUGGCCGCGGCGGGUUCGCGGCGGGAUGUCGGUGCUGGAGGAGAGCCGCUCCUACGGUCUGUCCAGCGGGAAACUGAGCCACAAUGUGUCCGUGUAUCACGUCAAACUCACUGACAGCGCGGCGAGAGCCCUGAGCGCCCACCAAAACACAAAGGGCUGGUCUUCUCAUCCCUCCAUCUGCUUCAGUGGAAACCAGGGGAGAAUCACCAUCCCUUGCUCCAGUGAUCACGGUGACGUCAGGACUUUCACUUUCGGGGUGACAAACAUCGCCCCCGACAAUCCACACGCCAGCUUCGACUGCAUUCAGCAGCUGAGCACAAGCGGUGCAGAGCAGCUGUCAUGUCUCGGGGUGAUUCAGAAGAAGAUGAUCGUCAAAGCCACGGACGACUCGUACGACAAGGCUCUGCAGAGCAUGGCUCAGGCUGAGGAGGAAACACGCAGCCGCGGCGCUAUUGUCAUCAAACACAGGGGGCGCCAUCAGGGUAAGAGGGUGACGGUCCGAGCCCCAGCGCCGGCCCUGGCACGGCUCGCCAAACCCCGCCCACCCUCUCAGCCGAGCCUCGCCAACAGCAGCCAGUCCAAGAGCAAGAGGAGCAUCAGCGCGUUGAAGAGGCGUAGCAGCGACGUGCAGGAGCGUCCGCUCAGGGACCGAGUCACUCACCUGCUGGCCCUCAGGCCCUACAAGAAGCCGGAGCUCAUCCUCAGGCUGCAGAGAGACGGACUCACGGCUGCGGACAAGACGCUGCUGGACUCGGUUCUGACUGAGGUCGGCCAGCUGAGUGCUCGGGACAGCAGUUACCUGCUGAAGGACGGCGUGUAUAAGGAUCUGCACAAGGACUGGCCAGGCUACUCCUCCGGCGACCAGCAGUUGCUGAAGAGAAUUCUCGUCCGGAGACUCUUCCAGCCUCACCAGAACCUCCUCACGGUCCCGGAGGCCCAGGUCAGCCCUCUCCGAGACACCCCCAACUCCUCCCCGGCACGCCGGCACAAACACUCCAUCCAGGAGGGAAACCCUGAGCCUCCGGGGAACAAGAAGCCCAGAAUAUCCCACUUCUCACGCAAAACAGCCUGCGAUGAGUCAAAGCUGAGGCCAUCUGCGGCUCCAGGGACGGGAGAAGAGAAAUACUCGCUGGACUCCAGGCAGCUCUUUGACUCGCUGUCGGCCGCCAACCUUCAGCAGGAGGGAGCCAAGUGCUUAAACACGGAGGAGCCCGCAGACCAGCGGCCGCACGACUCCACCCAGGCUCCUUCCCCUCCCACCGUGCCACGUCUGAGCAAGAACACAAUCAAAAGGAAGAAGGGCAAACACAAAGAUGGGAAGAAAGAUCGCGGGCAGAGCAGGAAAGAACGGAGGAAAGGCCGCCGCACUGUGGAGCUGAGCGGUGAGACCCACCUGGACCUGUCCAAAUCUGAUGUCACAGGAGACUCUGGAGCGCAAACGGACCAGGAAACAGCGGAUUAUUUAUUGAAAUAUACAGUGAUCGUAGACCAGGAGCAGAGACAGAGCUACAAGCAGGAGUUUAACAAAGAGUACAGCGAGUAUCGAAACCUGCACGCCCACAUCGACGGUGUGACGCGACAGUUCAUGGAGCUGGACUCUCAGCUCAAACAGCUGCACCCAGACCGACACAAAUACAAGACGGUUCGGAAUCAGAUCCUUCAGCAUUACUGCUACAUAAAAAAGUCGAACCCCAGCUAUAACCAGGACAAGACUCGCUGUGAAUACCUUCACAAAAAGCUGGCCCACAUCAAGAAGCUGAUAUCAGACUAUGACCAGCAGCAGCUGUCUCACUCCAACUGACCCACACAUUUAUAAGUAUUGGAAUGACAAAGCCGCUGGGACGAGGGCAGCGUUUGCGCUGAAGAAGGUAUUUAUAUAUCAUAUUUUUAUAUCAAACAAGAUAUUUUCCCAAAAAAAGGCAGCAGUUCCGCUGCCCUUGCCAAGGAUACCGAGACAGCAACUGAAGAAGCUGCGCUGCAAACCCAGAUGUCAAGAAAUGGUGCUCAUCUGAAACAGCCAAACUGUCUAUUUCCAGCCAGUGUUUCCAAAAGUCCGUCUGUCUGUGGCUGUGUUAUGUUCUCAGUGGGCGCAUGAGUCAGUUGCAUGCUGUAAAUAACCAGACACGUCAGCAGAACAGAGAUUUUAGUGUGCCAUCUUAUGACAUGCUCAGUGUUGUGGACACCUGUUCACCUGUAAUGUUUUCUUACCGACGUCUGGUGCUGCUCACUCGUGUUGUGUUGGACAUCGUCAGAACCUGAAGGUAGUUUACAAGCCUUUCUACACCAACCAAAACGGUCAGCUUCCCAUUUGUAACUGCAUGCUGUGAUCUUUGCAGGAUGCAUGUGGAAAU